CUCAAGAGUGGACAGUUGUAGUUUCGUCGCAAUGGCAGUUACACGCAUCAUCGCAUUCGCUUUCGUUUUGGCCGGCUGUGUCGGUAUUAAUGCCACGCCCAAUGGCCGCAUAUUGGAGGGUAACGAUGUCGCUACCGGCAAACUCCCGUGGGUCGUCUCGGUACGUGUGGACAAUGCGCACGUUGCAGUGGGCAAUAUUAUUGACGCAAGCCAUAUAUUAACCUCGGGUCACGGACUCUCCGCAUUGAGGAGCACAGCUAUUGACGCUUCGCGUGUUACGGUGCGUGUGGGCAGCAUUAAUCAAUAUGCCGGCGGUCAAAUUGUCAACGUUCAAUCGAUCACAAUUCAUCCAUCUUUUGGCAAUUUCUUGCACGACAUCGCCAUCAUUACAUUGCAGCAACCUUUAAAGUUCAGCAGCAAGAUCGCCGCCAUCGCUUUGGCCACGGACGAAGUUAAUGCGGUAUUGGUUGAGGAGACCGAAGUCGCGCUUGCCGGUUGGGGUCUGCAAUUGUCCGGUGCCACGCCGUACAAAUUACAGGUGGCCACCUUUAAAGUGUUGAGCUCGCACGAGUGUGAAUAUCAGGCUGGUUAUGGUUAUGAUUCGGUCUUGUGCUUGGAACAUGGCGUUAAUCAGGGUAUCGCAACUGGCGAUGAGGGCGCCGGUGUUGUGGUUAAUAAUACAUUAGUGGGCGUAGCGAGUUUCUACUUUGGCGGCGGUGGUACUAAAUUCCCCGAUGUAAGCAGCAGAGUGUCUUACUACAGCAGCUGGAUUGCAAGCACAAUUGCUGCACAAAGCGAAGCUUAGUGGAAUUUAACAAAUCAUAUUGACACUUUAUCUUUAUUUGUAUAAAUAUGUAUUAUCUAAUUUUGAAAUACCUUGUGUGCCUUAGCACAAAUGAACAAAUAAAAAAAAAUUUAUAAGAAAAUAA